UUGCUGCAGCAUGCACGCAGCAUGCUUCAAUGGAGGAUUGGAGGAAAGCGUUUUUGGUCAAAGAAAAUUGAAAGAAUAUUCUAGAUCAGGAAUUCGAUUUUUGAAUGAUUUCAAAUGGGGUAAGGUUUUCAUCUGCUGAAAUGAACGAUGUCUGCACAACUAUGCCUUUAGAAAAUACACCCAAUUCGGAGCAAAGUGUCAUGCCCCUGAAUGGGAAUGAAGAAAGUGAUUCUUUAGAACCUGCGAAAUGCCACAAAUGCAAUCAUUCUGGUUGUGGCGCUACUUUUUUACGUCCUUCACGACUAGCCAGACAUCUUAGGCAGCACACCGGUGAAAGGCCUUUCAAGUGCGAUUAUGAUGGCUGCGACAAGGCAUACACAAAUAAAUCACACCUUGUACGCCACAGCCAAACUCACAGCAUGGUUAAGCAGUCAUUUCAAUGCUCUAAGUGUUCUUUGAUCCUCAGUAAUCGUCAGAAUUUAAAACGGCACUACGAUCGUGUUCAUACAGAGAAUAGCAGAUUUUUCUGCAAAGAAUGUGGGAUAAAUUUUCUCAAGGAACAAAAGUAUAAAGAACAUGAGGCUUCGCAUAGCGGUGUUGCAUUGUACAAAUGCAAAGUAUGCUUUAAGGAAUAUGUAGCAUUGAAAACCUUGAAAAAGCAUGAAAUGACGCAUAAGAGUAAGAAGCAAUAUUCAUGUCCAGUUUCUGGUUGCUCGGAAGUAUUUGAAAAAUGGUCUUUACUUUGCACACAUAAAAAAACCUUGCACACAAGUGAAUACAAAUGCAAUGAUUGUGGAAAAGUGUUUUUGAACAAGACUCAAUUAAAAUCGCACUCGGUCCUCCAUCACGAUGAUCGGACGGUUGUACCAUGUCCGUACGAUAAGUGUCCUCGGUUUUAUUUCUUCCAACGUAAUCUGAAUCAUCACAUUCGCACUAAUCAUCUGGGCAAAAAAUAUCACUGCGAUAUUUGUGACACAAGGUUUUCAAGCAAGCAGAAGAUCGCGGAGCACAUGACUAAAAUUCAUCUAUCGAAAAAGAAGAAGAGAAAAAAGGCAAUCACUAAAUCAGAGCGAAAAAAGCGAAAGGAUGCUGGGGUGGCUAAAAAGAGUAUGCUGGCCAAAUUAACCGGAUUAGAUUUACCCCACGCUAUCGAGAAAGAGCUCUUGAACAGAAAAACCAGGAUUCAAGUAACCGAGGAGGAUUCUGUCCAGCAUCAAGAGAAUCGAAUUGAAACUGUUCAGGGGAUGGGAGAAACGAUUCAAAUGUCGACAAACGAAUGUAAAAUGGUAACAAAUGGUUUAUCGCAAAGUGCAAGUACAGAGACAGAAAGUAAAACUGAAACAAGAAGAAUGAAUACUGAUACCGUUCAUAAAGACCAGCUUGAAAUCUCCUAAAGUAUUAGUGAACUAGUUGAUUGCGAUUCGGAAACCUAAUGUAAAAAUCGCAAAAAAAAUAAAUAAAUAAAACAAA